AUGGCCUCGAGUCUCCCGAUACCUGCUCCUCCCCGAACUCCCACGCCACCCCCCGACGAGUAUCAGAGCGAUCAACCAGCGGAGCCGCUGUUCAAUCCAAAUGCGCUGUCGCCUAUGGCUCCGAUAUCAGCAAUUGAAGACAAUCGAGAAAGCACCAUGAAUCCAUCCAGUCCAAUGAGCCCCACGUUUCCGUCGGCUUCGAGCGAUGGCGGUGCGAAUGUGAAGACGGGCGAUCCCAAUCCCUUCAACUUCCAGCCUACGGUGCUUGCGAAGAGCCCCGUCAUAAAAUCGAACAUUGGCCAGCGACGUGGUCACAAGUAUAAACACAGUAGUAUAUCGCACCAAAUUUUCUUGGAACCGCCGCCACGAGCUCCCUUGGCUCUACCAGCCUCGCUGCCAAUACCUACCUUGAAAGAAUACCGAGGCAGCAUGUCAAAGGACCAGAAGACAAGGUUCUGGUGGAGUGUCUGCCACAUGUUGAUCGCGGGAUACACGUUAUGGUCUGCUCAUGGAUCUCUUGCCAUGACAGCCUUGUCCCACCUUAUUCUUUUCGACUCUCUUGGAGCGCUCUUGUGCGUGAUCGUCGAUGUUCUUGGUAACUUUGAGGUGUGGAAGCGGUCGAGUAUCCGCCAUCCGUUUGGGUUGGAGCGUGCAGAAGUUCUCGCUGGCUUUGCCUCUUCUGUCCUACUUUUAUUCAUGGGACUUGACCUUAUAUCUCACAUUUUGCAACAUUGCCUCGAGGGAUCUUCUGGUCACCAGCCACACCACUCGCAUGAACAUGAUCGCGCAACGACCGGUUCUGUCGACGUUACAUCUGUGCUCGCUAUUGGUUCGACAUUGGUUUCUGCCAUUGGUCUCAAAAACCAUGCUCGCAUAGGCAAAUCGAUGCGAUUUGCGUACAUCGAGUCCCUGCCUUCUGUCCUUAGCAAUCCCUCACAUUUCCUGACUCUUUCAUGUUCCGUCAUUCUUCUCCUUCUGCCCUUGCUUUCCAUUUCGCUGUACAAGAAGCUGGAUAUGCUGCUUUCUUUAACCAUGGCUAUAUCUAUGUGCGUUCUUGGUUCGCGCAUUGUGAAAACUCUAGGAUCAAUGCUACUGAUGUCCUUUUCUGGUCGUGGUGUGAAUCACGUAAUGCGGGAUAUUCAGGCAGACCCUGCCGUCACUGCUAUUGACGAGGCUAGGUUUUGGCAGGUCCAUUACGGGCUAUGUAUGGCGAAUCUGAGGUUGAGGGCUACCGGUACAGAAGAAAACUUGGCAAAGCUUCGAGAAAGGAUUACAAGUCUUAUAAAGAAUCGGCUAGGAGGUGGUUAUGGCUCGGGAGGGCAGAAGUGGGAGGUGACUUUGCAGAUUGCUGUAAACACGGACUAA